AUGAGACUGGGACUCACCGUCAUCGUCACCGUUCUACUGUGUUUGGCAGAAACCUACACCAAACGAGGAACACUGAAUUCCAGGACAUUGGCAAGAGAUAUGAGAGCCGAAACUUGCGACCGAUUGCGAAGCCGUACCGAGACCAUCUGUUCCUUGAGCACUUUGGGAAAUUUACCAGAUUACGGAUUGGACGAGUUGAAAUUUCCUCAGGGACAUGACCUGUUCAGAGUUGCUGUUUAACGAAAGUCUCCGAAGCUUGCAUAUUUAUCCGCUGAAUACUCAUUCCAUUCCACUUUGAAUUGAUCGUUUGUGCCUG